AUGUCUACGCGCGCGCCGUUCGCCUUCCCUGCCCGCGAGUUCCUUCGCACUCACCUCGUCGGCAAGGAGGUCGCCUUCAACGUCGUUCACACUCUCCCUAACGGAGGCGAGUUUGCCAACGUCUUCUCCGCUCCUCCCGGGCCUGGUCAGCCUCCCGUCGAUGUUGCUCAGCUCGUUGUCAGCAACGGAUGGGCCAAGGCUCGUGACAACGCCGGCGAGCCGCUGAAGGAUGCCGAGGCUGCUGCAAAGAGCGAGGGGCGCGGUAUUUGGGCGGACGCCGAGACUAUGCCUGCCGACGCCCACGCAUUCAUUAACGAGCACAAGGGCAAGGACAUCAACGCGAUUGUCGAGCAGGUCCGCGAUGGCACUCAGCUUCGUGUGCGGUUGUUGCUUGACGACACGAACCACCAGUUUGUUAACCUCGUCAUUGCCGGUGCCAAGUCGCCCCGUGCCGCUGGUCGUGAGGGGGACUCCGCCGAGCCAUGGGGAGAGGAGGCCAAGUUCUUCACCGAGGUCCGCCUGCUUCAGCGCCCGGUCAAGGUCCGUCUUCUGAGCGCCCCGGCCUCCGGACCUGCGCCCUUCCCCGCUUCGUCCGAAGGUGGCCUGCCUGCUCCCAGCCAGGGAGCUAGCUUCUUCAUCGGCCAGGCCCUCCACCCCAACGGAAACAUUGCUGAGUUCCUCGCUGCUGCUGGACUUGCCAAGGUCAUCGACUGGCACGCGGGUAUCCUCGCCAACUACGGCGGUCUUGAGAAGGUUCGCGCCGCGGAGAAGUCUGCCAAGGCUAAGCGUGCCGGUAUCUGGGAGGGCUACGGCACUCCCGCCGCCGCUGGUGGCGCCGGCAGCAAUGGUCACGCCGCUCCUAGUGCUUCGACCAAGGGCCAGACCUUUGACGCUACUGUCACCCGCAUCUGGAGCGGUGACCAGCUCAGCAUUGUCGACAAGAACGACCCGAAGGGCGUUGAGCGCCGCGUCCAGCUGUCCUCUGUUCGUGGCCCUCGUGGGACUGACAACAAGAACGCUUACUGGGGCGGAGAGGCCAAGGAGUUCCUCCGCAAGCGUCUCAUUGGCAAGACUGUGCACGUCACUGUUGACUACGUCAAGCCCAAGGAUGGCGACUUUGACGAGCGCGAGUGUGUCACGAUCCACUACGGCGGUGCCAAGAACAACAUUGCUACCCAGCUUAUCGAGAAGGGUCUUGCGACUGUGCUGCGCCACAGGCGAGAUGACGAGGACCGCUCGGCCGAGAUUGACCAGCUCAUCAUCGCCGAGCAGACUGCGACUACCGAGGGCAAGGGCCUGCACUCCACCAAGGACGUCGCUCCUCCCCGCAUCGUUGAUGCCUCUGAGUCGCACAACCGUGCUACGCAGUACCUCCCCUCGUGGAAGCGUUCCGGCAAGCACAAUGCCGUCGUCGACUUUGUCUCGUCCGGCUCGCGCUUCAAGCUGCUGCUUCCCAAGGAGAACGCCAAGAUCACCUUUGUUCUCGGUGGUAUCCGUGCUCCUCGCACCGCCCGCUCAGCCAUCGAGAAGUCGGAGCCGUUCGGCGCCGAGGCGCAGGCCUUCGCCAACAAGUACAUGCAGCGUGAUGUCGAGGUCGCGUUCGACAGCAACGACAAGUCUGGUGGCUUCAUCGGCGCGAUGUACUCGAACGGUCAGAACGUCGCCGUCGAGCUUGUCCGGGAAGGUCUCGCCAGCGUUCACGAGCCGAGCGCGCGCCACCUACCCUUCGGCGGCGAGCUUCUCGCUGCAGAGGAGGAGGCCAAGAAGUCUGGAAAGAACCUCUGGGCCAACUACACUGGUGAGGAGGCGAAGGAGGUCGUCGAGGACACUGGCGCUGCUCUGCCGCCGCAGUACCUCGACGUCGUCGUUACCGCCGUGCGCAAGAACGACCCGUUCCAGUUCUCUAUCCAGAUCCUCGACGGCAAGAACGACGCCGCGCUCGACAAGCUCAUGAACGACUUUGCGCUGCACCACCGAAACCAGGCCAACGCCGCUCCGGCCGGCUGGACGCCAAAGACUGGCGACCUGGUCUCGGCCAAGUUCUCCGAGGACAACCAGUGGUACCGUGCCCGCGUGAAGCGCGCUUCGGGUAUCAAGAAGGAGGCCCAGAUCGUGCUGAUCGACUAUGGAAACGAGGAGACGGCGCCGUUCUCGCGCCUGCGACCGCUCGACGCCAAGUUCAAGCCCCUCCCGGCGCAGGCCAAGGACGCACGGCUGUCGUUCGUCAAGCUCGUCCCCCGCGACAGCGAGUACGGCGCCGAGGCCUGGGGCCGUUUCUCGCAGUGGGCCGAGAACCGCAAGCUCGUCGCCAACAUUGACCAGCGCGAGGGCAACCUGCUGCAUCUCAGGCUCAUCGACCCGUCCGACCCCAACGCGGCCGAGGACCCGCUCGCGUGCCUCAACGCCGACCUCGCGCGCGAGGGUCUCGCCACCCUCGACAAGUCGCUCAGGUAUCUCGGCGCAUACCCCGCCAUCGUCAAGAAGAUUGACCAGGCAAUCGAGGGCGCCAAGGCAGACCGACUGGGUAUCUUUGAGUUUGGAGAUGUGUCCGAGGACUGA